UAUGACAAAACAAACUAUAGAGCUAUAUCUCCUGAAGAACACAAAACUAAGUUAGAAGAGGGUGAUAAUGGAGAGCAACAAACGUGAGCCUUAUUUCGUUUUUAUGAAUUAUGAUCCUGAAUAUGAGCGUCUUCGAGCUGAUCGAACAAAGAAAGGUGCAAGUGAGCUGGAUUCGUACCUGAGCAGAAAGCACGAUGCAUUGUUGGCAAGCACUCUUGAACCUGGAAGCUACAAAAAGACCUCUUCUUUGGUCAUUGUUGAUGGUUUUGCAGUUGAAAUUACUGAAGAACAGGCCAAUGCACUUAGAUCUGCGGAGGGGGUGAGAGUUGUGGAGAAGAAUCAAGAGCUUGCUUAACAAGGGCGCGCGGCGCAACAGCUAGAAUUAAGAAGUUUAUUUGAUGUCUUGGUUUGUACUUUGUGCGUGUACGCCUGGUUUUAUCUCAGAUCGAGAGGGGCUAAUUAGUCUGAUGACUUCUAGCUUGGGAGAUCUGAAUCCAGAAAUCUCUCUAUUUUUAUCAUAAUGCCACCUAUCUAUUUAGCUCUAAGAUCUUGAAAUUUGCUCAUCUUAUUCUGUCUAUGGUGUUAUAUGUAUCUUUGAGUUUAUGUUAUAUAUGGAUUUGGAUGAUUUAGUUUGUCGUUGUAAUUUGUGUUUUGUUUUGUAUAAUAAAAUAUAAUAGUCUUU